AUGACGUGUAGCACCGCAUUUCUAGCCCUGGACUUCGGUGCCGGCUUGACAUCACUGAAUUGGGUGGCUCAGGCCAUCCAAACUCAGUCCAAGGCUUUGCUCUCCGCGGACGUGGGCUUCGAGGCCACGGCGCCCGAGAGGCUGCACGCGACCUUCGUCUUCCACGGGGAGCUGCUACAGGCCUUGACCAAGCCGCAGCUGGCACAACUUCACCAAGAGCUCAGUGAUAUUGUCAAGGAAUCCGACUUGGAGCAAUGCGAAUUGCCAUUCAAGCGGUUUGAGCUCUUCCCUCCAGGAAAGCAGAAUCUCAUCAUAGCUCGUUUCGAAGCGCCCAAACUUUUAGUGAAGCUGCGCCGAAGCUUGUGGCGAUGCUGCUUGAAACACAACGCAUCAUUAAAGAUUGAUGAUGAAUGGCUACCUCACGUGACUUUGGGGAAGCUGCAGGCCAGCAAGGCUCAACUGGGAGGAGUCACUGUCGCCGCCUUGGAGGAGUUCGCACCUAAGCUGCCCAUCAUGGUGCAAGGGCUGACGCUGCUGGGCACGAGGCCCAAACAACUUUGGCUUGACUGGGAAGAAGCAUUUCAAUUCCGAGAACCUCAACAGCCUCAACAGCCUCAGCAGCCCGCAGCCAACAGCAUUGAGACCAGCGCAGCCUCGUCAACUGCCAUGACCAUGGCAUACACUGCAAGCGAUCCAGACGCAAUGCAGGUUGCAAGCAGCUGGCCAUUGUGGUCCCAUGAGCAUUCUGUGGAAAUGCCUGUGCAAUUUCUGACGGUUUGCGACCCUGAACACUGCUACUUCAGUGGCCUUGGAGCCGAACGUGUAUGGGGUGCUGGGAAAGCCCUAGCCUCCUAUUUGAGCACAUGGCAGCCACAAGGUUUACAGGUGGUGGAGCUGGGUGCUGGCUGUGGAUUGCCCGGCCUAGUUCUGGCAAGAGGAGGGGCAUUCGUGACCCUGACAGACGUGCCGUGGCUGCUCCAAAUGCUUGAGUACAAUGUCGCAGCCAACUUCUCCCAGGACGACGUGUUCCGGCCGUAUGUGUCUGCACUGCGUUGGGGCAAUGCUGCUGAUGCUGCCAGUGUCCUCCAGGCUAUUGGCCGACCCCCCGAUUUGGUCAUUGGAGCAGACUUGGUGUACCGGGAGCAAGACUUUGAUGCGUUGUUGGCGUGCAUUGAGAGUUUGGCCCCACGCAGGGCACUCCUAGCGGUGCAACGACGUGACGUUGCUCUGGAGGCUUUCAUCAGCCGCGUGAAGCACCUGGGAUGGUCAGUUUUCAGCCAGCUCAUCGCUCCUCGGGUUUUCUUACUCGAAGUCUUUCCGCCGGUGCAUUUGAAAGACACUGACCGUGCGUGUUUCAACUUGCAGGAAGCUCCUGAGCAGCGCUGCCAGGCAGCUCCUGCUGCGUAA